UGACUCAUAUCCGGCAUCUGCCUGGGUCGUUCUUUCUGUCCCUGGUAGCGGUACGGAAAUCUUUACCGCUUUUCAACGAAAGAAAAAUCUUUAGAGAAAUCACAUUUCGGGGAUUGAAGCAUUAUAUCAAUCUAUUAAACAUGAUACGAUCAAGGAGCACUAUACUCGGAUUAAUAAAACUUGGGACUUAUGGAUCUAUGUCUGGUGGUUAUCGCAGUAAUGGUGUGAGUCAUCGUGGAGGAGUAGGUCAACGGAAUGGAUAUGGAAGUGGAGGAUCAAAUAGUCGUUUUGGAAGUCGUAAUGGAAAUACAGGAGGAAAUAGUGGAAGCGGAAUUGCUGGACGUGGACCACGUAAUGCUAAUGUAGCUGGAACCAAUCUGAGGAAACCAAAUUGGGAUUAUGAGAACUUAAAACCUUUUAAAAAAGAUUUUUAUAUACCACAUCCAAAUGUACAAUCACGUCAUCCUCGUGAAGUCGAUUUGUUUAGAGAAGAAAACAAAAUCACUCUCAAGGGAGAAAAAAUACCUAAUCCAAUUCAAUUUUUUGAAGAAGGAAAUUUUCCAGACUAUGUAAUGCAGGCUAUUAGAAAGCAAGGAUUUACAGAACCAACUGCUAUACAAGCUCAAGGCUGGCCAAUUGCUAUGUCUGGGCUAAAUAUGGUUGGUAUAGCACAAACUGGAUCUGGAAAGACAUUAGGCUAUAUAUUACCUGCUAUUGUACACAUCAACAGUCAACAACCUUUAAAUAGAGGAGAUGGACCCAUUGCUCUUGUUUUAGCACCAACUCGUGAACUUGCUCAACAAAUACAAAGCGUUGUCAAUGAUUUUGGUUCAUUAUCCUAUGUAAGGAAUACUUGCAUUUUUGGUGGUGCCCCAAAAGGCAGUCAAGCACGUGAUCUUGAACGUGGAGUAGAAAUUUGUAUUGCGACACCUGGACGUCUUAUAGAUUUCUUAGAACGUGGUACGACAAAUUUACGAAGAUGUACAUAUUUGGUAUUGGAUGAAGCUGAUCGUAUGUUGGAUAUGGGAUUUGAACCUCAAAUUAGAAAAAUCAUAGAACAGAUCAGACCAGAUAGACAAGUUCUCAUGUGGUCAGCAACUUGGCCAAAAGAAGUAAGAAAUCUUGCAGAAGAAUAUCUCACUGAUUACACUCAAUUAAAUAUUGGAUCGUUAACUUUGGCUGCAAAUCACAACAUCCUUCAAAUAGUUGAUGUAUGUCAAGAACAUGAAAAAGAAACAAAAUUGGGAACUCUACUCCAAGAAAUUGGUAAUGUAAAUGAUGAUGGUGGAAAGACUAUCAUUUUUGUAGAGACAAAAAAGAAAGUUGAAAAUAUCACAAGAAAUAUUAGGAGAUAUGGUUGGCCUGCAGUAUGCAUGCAUGGUGAUAAGUCACAACAAGAAAGAGAUUAUGUUCUUAGAGAAUUCAGAAACAAGAAAGGUUCUAUUCUUGUAGCAACGGAUGUUGCUGCACGUGGAUUGGAUGUUGACGAUGUAAAGUAUGUGAUCAACUUCGAUUAUCCGUCAUCGUCUGAAGACUACAUACACAGAAUUGGAAGAACAGGUCGUUCGCAAAGUACAGGAACGAGCUACGCAUUCUUUACUCCACAAAAUAGCAGACAAGCUAAAGAUCUGAUUAAUGUACUUCAAGAGGCUAAUCAAGUCAUCAAUCCGAAAUUGGCAGAAUUAGCAACGAGAACUGGUGGUGGCGGUUACAAUCGUAAUCGUUGGGGAUAUGCAGCCCGUGGAAGGGAAAACACAUUCUCUGGAACACACAAACGUUUUGACAGCUCAAGAAAUAAUUAUAAUAGUUGAUUGGACAAAUCUAUUUUCUUACAUGGUAUUGAACGAUCGACUUUCGAAACAUCUAGUUUUACGUACGAUUAAACCCUAAUUUUUGUCAUUAGAAAGUUCAUUCUAUGUUAAUACCAGAGAGUGUACGGAACAUUUAUUAUUGUUUAUCUGGCCAAACAUUUUUCUUUGUUUUAUGGUUCUUACGAUGAACAUUUCGUUAUUUUUAUUUUUUACGUACAGAAAGUAUCUGUACAUAUCUGUGAUUGAUAGGAAGAAAGAGAAAAAAAAACUUAAAGUAAAUUUUAUUUUUUACGAUAAUAUAUCGUUGCUCAUUGUAUUUUUUGUUUCUCUUUUUCUCUCAUGAAAGUUGAGACGUGUAUAAAAUAUAUAUUUAAUGAAUUCGUGUUAAAAAGAGAAAAGAGAGUUGCAUAGUAUUUAAAGAUAAUAUCAGGCUUAGGAAAUAAAAUGAAGAUGUUAUUAUAUAUUAUUAAUAAACUAUUCGUUUGGGAAUUUUAUAUUAAUUAAUAAUAUCUUUCUGAACUUUUCAUCAGCAAGAUAUUUGAUAAUAUGAAAAGAAAAAUAUGCCUGAUAUUCUUUUUAUAAAAAUUGUAAACACUCGAAUCUCCCAAUCUACUUUACGAUAAUUUCAGCAUUUUUUCUCACUUAGUUCCUUUAAAAGUUUUACAGCACGUCUCAAUUAUAGGAUUGAAUGGUAUAGGGGUAUAAUAAUUUAGCGAACUUGUCAGUAUUCAUUCCAAUUCUUUGAAAUGAUCAGAGAUACAAAUCUGGUCAUAAGCAAAGUUUUUUUUCAAUCGUGUGUGUGUGAAAGAACUCCAGAAAAGAAGUCAUGAUAAAAAUCAUUGUAAUUGUCCCGUUCCAUUAGAAAAGUUUUAUACAAAUAAUGUUAUCGAAGACAAAUUAUUCAAAAAAAAUAACAAAACUUAAAAAAAAAUCCUUCUACUAAAUCAAAUGGUAUAUUCUCCCAUGACAUUAAAAUUGAUGGUUUCGUAACUGUGUUUAUUUAAUUUUCUUCUCGACUAAAUAAAGCACUAUAUAAGACUAUUGCACAUUGAUGUAUCAUCCCUAUGUUGACAACAAUAAAAUUCGACUGGUUGAAGGAAAUAA